AUGUCUUUCCCACCUCCGCCUCGAGCUGAGCUUGACUGGGAAAAAACUUCGGCGGAAACACAUGUACACGGCCACAUUGAAUGUCGUUGGACGCACGAGACAGGGAGCUGGUCGGAGCCUGAAUUCAUCCAUGAUCCGUACUUGCGUGUACAUGGGUUGUCGCCUGUGCUCCACUAUGGUCAGGAAGCAUAUGAGGGUUUGAAAGCUUUUCGAGCACCGGGCGGUGAUAUCCAUGUCGUCAGACCCGAUUACCAUGCGCGCCGUCUCAUUCAGUCUUCCGGAUUGGUUUCAAUCCCACCUGUCCCAGAGGAGCUCUUCUUGAGCUGUGUCAACUUGGCAGUUGGCAUGAAUGCCGAUAUUGUACCGCCUCAUGAUGCCCAGGGAAUGCUGUAUAUCAGACCAGUGGUCUUUGGGAUGGGUGCCUGGCUUCGGCUUGAACCGCCCAAUGAGUAUCUUUUCUGCGUCUUCGUUACCACCGCGGGAGCUUUUCAUGGCUCCGAGCCACUGGAUGCGCUCAUUCUCGAGGACUUCGACCGGGCGGCACCCCGUGGCACGGGAUCGGGCAAGGUAGGCGGCAAUUACUCGCCCGUCAUUCGAUGGAGUCAACAGGCAAAGCGGGAUGGCUACGAUAUUACUCUGCAUCUCGACAGUCAAACCAGAACCGAGAUUGAAGAGUUUUCGACAUCAGCUUUUGUUGGGACUCAUGUCAAUGGCCAAAACGUCACGCUGGUCGUACCAGACACGACGAAUGUUGUGAGCAGCGUGACCAGCGACAGUGUUCAGCAGCUUGCAAAGUCGCUAGGCUGGGCUGUUGAGAAAAGACCUAUCAAAUAUGAUGAACUCUCGACCUUCUCUGAGGUGAUGGCUUGCGGCACAGCCGUCACUCUUGUGUCCAUUAGGUCAAUAACGAGGAAGAGCACAUCGGACAAGUUCCUCUAUCAGAGCGCUGCAGAGACCAUGGGUCCUUGCGCGAAACAACUGUCAACACUUUUGCACGAUAUAUAUAGAGGCAAAAUCGCAGAUGAGUUUGGAUGGCGCGUGAAGGUUCAAGAGCCAUCGUGCUUCAGGAAGCGCAAGGCAGCAGACGAGGAAACGAGGCAGGGCAAGAAGACGAUGCUAAAUGGGCAUGCUGAAGCAACGCAGGCAGCACUUGAAGUAAACUAG